GGAGGGAUUCAUUCAUUCACAGCAUUUUUCCCUAAAUCUUUCUCUCUUUCUGUGAUAAUAUAUAUCUCUCAUGAAAAUGGAGUUCUCCAUGAGGUUUCUUGCAGUGAUGUCCCUCUUGCUGUUGGUUUCCAUGUCCACUGCAGACAUGGGAGGUCCUCUAAUGGCGGAUGCCAGCUGGGACUUGGAACUUUGUGAUGAAGGGUGCAAGCUUCUGGGUUACAAACGAGGAUGUUGUGGAAUUACACAAGACUGCAUGUGGUGUUUUUGCUCCGAUGAAGACUCGUGCCCAAUCACCGAAAUGGAAAUAAAAAUUGGCGAGAAGACUAUGAUGAUUGCGGCAACACCCAAAAAGUCUUUCAUCAAGGAGUCAGUCGCUUGAUUCUACAUGAAUAUGUAUUC